UCGACCGCCAGUACCAGCCGCUAUGGUUCGUCAGGCGUACCUCUUUUGGCUCCUCGGUGUUGUUAUGGGGGGCUACGAGCCUACGUGGGAUUCCCUGGACACUCGGCCUCUGCCUCCUUGGUAUGACGGAGCCAAGAUCGGCAUCUUCCUCCACUGGGGUGUCUUCUCUGUUCCUUCCUUCAGCUCUGCCUGGUUCUGGGAAUUUUGGCAAGCUCACAAUAGCGAGUACGUGGAGUUCAUGAAGAAGAACUACCCGCCCAACUUCACGUACCAGGACUUCGCUCCCCAGUUCACGGCGGAGUUCUACGAGCCCGAGAAGUGGGCGAAUAUUUUCAACGCCUCGGGAGCCCGCUACGUGGUCCUCACCAGCAAGCACCACGAAGGCUUCACCAACUGGCCCUCUCGCUACUCCUGGAACUGGAACGCCAUGGACGUCGGGCCCAAGAGGGACUUGCUCGGUGAUCUGGCCAAGGCCAUCAGGACCAAGACUCCAAAUAUCCACUUCGGCUUGUAUCACUCCCUUUACGAGUGGUUUAACCCACUCUACCUCCAGGAUAAGUCCAACAAGUUUCAGACCAACAAUUUCGUUAAGGAAAAAACCAUUCCAGAGCUUUAUGAGCUGGUGAACACCUACCAGCCGGAGGUGAUCUGGUCAGAUGGUGACUGGGAGAUUGAAGACUGGUACUGGAACUCCACCAAGUUCCUGGCGUGGCUCUUCAACGACUCCCCCGUCAAGGACACCGUUGUGGUCAACGACAGAUGGGGAAGAGGAAUUCGCUGUCAACACGGCUCCUUCUAUAACUGCCAAGACCGCUACAACCCGGGGGUCCUUCAGCCUCACAAGUGGGAGAACUGCAUGACUCUGGACCGACAAGCGUGGGGCUACCGUCGCAACGCACCACUGGCAGACUACCUCACUGUCCACGACCUCAUCACCGAGCUCGCCAUGACCAUCAGCUGCGGCGGCAACAUAUUAAUCAACGCGGGACCUACACACGACGGCCGCAUCCCACCCAUCAUGGAGGAGAGACUGAGGCAACUGGGCUCCUGGCUUGACAUCAAUGGUGAUGCCGUGUAUGAUUCAACUCCGUGGACACACCAGAACGACAGUGUCACUCCUGGAGUAUGGUUCACCAGUAAGGGGGAGACGGUGUACGCCAUGGUGCUGUCGUGGCCCCGAGGCAACCUACUGACUUUGGGCUCCGUCCUUCCCACACCAGAGACUAGCAUCUCCAUCCUUGGCUACCAUGACAACGACAUUAGACGCAGCCUCCAGUUCAAGUUUGUGAAGAAAGGGAUGCAAGUGGUGUUUCCUCCCAUGUCUGACAUGAGCAGCCAGUGGGCGUGGGUGUUGGUCAUGUCAAAGGUGAAGCCUGUCAAAAGGACCUCUUCACCCCCUACUGUUAUGUCAUUUUUCACCACCCGUUAAGACACACUUGCAGUGGUAUUUAUCAUGUCGGAGGUGAAGCCUGUCAAGAGGAUAGCUCCCCCUACCCACCAUCAUGUCAUGGUUCACCGCCCAUAGAUACUCUUGAGGUGAAGAAGUAUCUUCUUAAGAACUGCUACAAGUUCAUCGCGCUCCUGAAGGUAUCCGAGGGACAAAUCUUCACUGUACAGAUCUUUGUUCCAAAAGUAUACUGGUGUAUUUUUAUAUUCUAGCUGCAUUUUUCCAAUAACAUUAAUAACGUGCAAUAUUUCUGUGUUUUCUGAUCGAAAUCCAGUGUUUUUCGUUAUGUUAAUAGAAUAUUCAUCUGGCCCUGUCAACCUCCACUGUAGUGUCUAAGGCUCUCCAAUGAUGUGUCGAAGGAUAUUCCAUGGUAUGUCCAAGAAUCUCCUAUAGGUGUAUUCAUGGGCUUCCCAAGGAAUGUGCAAGGGCCUCCCAUAGUGUCCCAGGGUCUCCCAUGGUGUCUCAGGGCCUCCUAUACAUGAUAAACAAUACCUAAAUAUAAAACUAAACACUUAAAAUACGAAUCAAAAGCGUUAAAACAGGAAUAUCUUUAUUUGACAUAAACAUGUGUGAAGCACCACAUAAAUAUAUGAGGCACUAUAUAAACUUAUGUGGGGCAUCACAUAAACAUGUGUGAGGCACCACAUGAAACACCAGGCACCACAUAAACAUAUGUGAGGUAACACAAGGGUCCACCUGUAAUUCUUACGUAGCUCCGUAAUAACUUGACUAAAUCUGUAACAUGAACAUUCCGAACAAAAUAUUCAAAUUCUAGAGAAUGAAGUAAUAUAAAAUUUGAGUUGAAAGGCUAUAUAUCAGGUAGCUAAACUAUAUUUUGUACACAAUUAAACUAUAUAAGUAAGACAAG